AUGCAAGAAACAAGGAGUCAAAUAGAUACUGUAAGACGUAUAGCAAACAAUGCACGUACGGGAUUGGAUACUUUACGAGAAGCACAAAAUACACUAAAGGAAGCAAAUGAUAUUCUUGGCUCAGUAUCAGACAUGCAUGAAGAUUGGCUUAAAUGUAUUGACAAAUCUUUAAAAAAUCACAGUCAGUCUAUUGCUGACUACAAGAAAAGUAUAGAUUUUUUACAUAGUGCUAUGGACGUACAUGAUGGAAGCAUAAGGAACUUACUUAAUGCUAACAAUAACUUACCAGGAACUAUUAAAGCAUUUAUAAAGUCCUUUGUAAAACCCGGUGCUCUAACAUUUAGGUCUUUGAGAGCAAGAGCAUUGAAGUCAAGAGAUGCAGAAACUCCAGAAGAACCACCAAAACCAACAGCUAAUGAAAUAUUGUUCGAAUAUUUUCCAAGGUACUCUGUUCUCAUUGCAUACAUUCAAGAAAUACUUAAGAAAGCAGACUUGACUUUAGGAGAUGAUGAAAGUUCUGUAUAUCUUUCGUUCCAGUUUCAAAUAGCAGAACUUUUGAGACAGAUAUGCUUAAUGUAUGACAACAUCUCUGAUUUCACAAGAUAUGAUGACGACCAUGACCCCGAACACGGUGAAGAAGAAGUUUUACAAACAUCCAUUAAGACAGGAAAGGUUUUAACUCAAAGUCUCAUUAUUGACACCAAAGAUGGCGAAGUGGACGUUCUUCAAGAGCUGAAGAAAAAUACUUCUUCGGGAGGUGGUGGUAGGCAUGAACUUGAAAUAAAUGAGAUAGAAGAGAAAUUAGCCGAAAAAGCAGAUAAAGAACAUAAACACAAUAUCUCCGAUAUAAAUGAACUUCAAGCUACAUUAAAUAGUAAAGCAGAUAAAAACCAUGUUCAUUAUAUAACUUCAGAUGAACAGAUUAUAACGGACUACCAUGGAUAUUUAACACAGGAUGAAAAAGUGAAGACGGAAGAUGUUAAUGAAAGAAGAUAUAAAUACAU